AUGGCACAGCUUUGGCUUCUCUUGGCGUUUGCUUUGGCCACAAAUGUUGCAGCAAAUGUAGCUUCUUUAACCCCUUUCUCACCAUCUCCAUCUCCACCAUCUCCUUCACCGUUAACACUACCUCCUGUGACCAAUUUCUACAAAUCUCCACCACCACCUUCUCUUUCUCCAUCACCACCACCAUCACAUUCACCAACUUACCAUGAGCCACAAAGUCCAUCACCAUCACAAAGUCCUUCAUCCCCAUCACCUAUACCUCCAUAUAAUAAAUCACCAUUGUCACCAUCAUCACCACCUUCUUAUUACAAGAAUAUACCACGACCCUCGCCCUCUUUUUCAUCUCCUCCUCCUCCUUACUACUACAAAUCACCACCUUCAACAUUUCCAUCUCCAUAUUCUCCUCCUCUGCCCUCACCAACUCCUUGCAACUCACCAAUUCCUACACCAUUGCCAGCAUCAGUCCCUCCAUCGGUUGUGCAGCCUCCUACUUAUCGUCUCAGGUCUCCUCCUCCUCCACCACAUUACUACAAGUCAUCACCACCACCACCAACACAACCACCACCAUUCUCACCAUCUCCAUCUCCUAUUGUUUACUAG